AUGGCUCCCGACCACAAGGCUUGCUUGAUCGUAAUUGACGGCUGGGGUAUCCCCUCCGAGGAGUCGCCCAAAAACGGCGACGCCAUUGCUGCCGCCGAGACGCCCGUCAUGGACGAGCUCUCCAAGAGCGCAACCGGCUUCACCGAACUUGAGGCCUCUUCCCUGGCUGUCGGCCUUCCCGAGGGUCUCAUGGGUAACUCUGAAGUCGGGCAUCUCAAUAUUGGCGCGGGCCGCGUUGUCUGGCAGGACGUCGUCCGGAUCGACCAGACCAUUAAGAAGGGGGAGCUCAGCAGCAAUGAGGUGAUUAAGAAGGUUAUGGAGGCAGCAAAGAACGGAAACGGGCGUCUCCAUCUUUGUGGUUUGAUCUCCCACGGCGGCGUGCAUGCGAAGCAGACGCAUCUGUAUGCGUUGCUCAGGGCUGCCAAGGAAUACGAGGUUCCCAAGGUUUAUAUCCACUUCUUCGGUGAUGGUCGCGACACGGAUCCCAAGUCCGGCGCUGCCUACAUGGAAGAGCUGCUGUCGACCAUCAAGGAGAUUGGCGUUGGCCAGAUCGCUACAGUCGUCGGACGAUACUACGCCAUGGACCGCGACAAGAGAUGGGAGCGGAACGAGAUCGCCCUGAAGGGCAUGGUCCUUGGUGAGGGCGAACAUAGCGACGACCCGGUCAAGACCGUCAAGGAGCGAUACGAGAAGGGAGAGACGGACGAGUUUCUCAAGCCUAUUAUUGUCGGUGGUGACGAGGGCCGCCUCAAAGACGGCGACAACGUCUUCUUCUUCAACUACCGGUCCGACCGUGUCCGACAAAUUACUCAGCUCCUGGGCGAUGUCGACCGGUCACCUUUGCCUGACUUCCCCUACCCAAAGAUCAACCUUGUCACCAUGACCCAGUACAAGCUCGACUAUCCGUUCGAGAUUGCCUUCAAGCCGCAACACAUGGGCAACGUGCUGGCCGAGUGGCUCGGGAAGCAGGGAGUCAAGCAGGUCCACGUCGCCGAGACGGAGAAGUACGCCCAUGUCACCUUCUUCUUCAACGGCGGCGUUGAGAAGGUGUUCCCUCUCGAGAUCCGCGAUGAAUCACAGGAUCUUGUCCCCUCGAACAAGAGUGUCGCGACGUACGACAAAGCUCCAGAAAUGAGCGCCGAUGGCGUUGCGAACCAGGUCUGCAAGCGGCUGGCGGAGCAGGAGUUUCCCUUCGUCAUGAACAACUUUGCUCCCCCUGACAUGGUUGGCCAUACCGGUGUGUACGAGGCGGCCAUUGUUGGCUGCGCGGCAACAGACAAGGCUAUCGGGAAGAUCUACGAGGCUUGCAAGAAGGAGGGCUAUAUUCUCUUCAUUACUGCUGACCACGGCAAUGCUGAGGAGAUGAAGUUCCCCGACGGCAAGCCCAAGACGUCGCACACCACGAACAAAGUUCCCUUCAUCAUGGCUAACGCUCCCGAAGGCUGGAGUCUGAAGAAGGAUGGCGGUGUCCUGGGAGACGUCGCUCCCACUAUUCUCGAGGCGAUGGGCUUGCCUGUGCCUCCUGAGAUGACUGGUUCUAGCCUGCUGGUCAAGGCUUAG